AUGGCCGACAAAGACUUUGACGUCAUCAUCGUCGGUGCAGGCCUCUCGGGCAUCAACGCCGCCUAUCUGCUCCAAACACAGGUGCCGGGCAUUCGCUAUACCAUCCUUGAGGGCCGCAAAGAGCUAGGUGGCACCUGGGCCUUCUGGAAAUACCCAGGUGCCCGUUCUGACUCGGCCUCGUCCGUCUUCUGCUUCACCUGGCACUCGUGGCCGCACGACACCGACUUUGCCGAUGCCAGUAGCAUUCAGGCCUACGCCGAAGAUGCCGUCCGGACCCAGGGCAUCGACAAGCACAUUCGUUUCAACCAGCGGGUUGACGGCAUGCGCUGGUCGACGGCCGAACAGCUCUGGAUGCUCGAUGUCAAUCAGACCAACGACGGCAACGGAAACGACACCGAUGCUAAAAUCAUCCCCCUCCAAUACCGCACCCGCUGGAUCAUCCACUGCAGCGGCUAUUACAGUUACGAAAAGGCCCAAAAGGUCGACAUCCCCGGCCUCGACAGCUUCGGUGGCACCGUGUCGCAUCCGCAGUUCUGGACGGAAGCUGAUGACAAGGCCGUCGCCGGAAAACGUGUCGUCCUCAUCGGCUCCGGCGCCACCGCCGUCACCAUGCUGCCACAUCUGGCUGCUUCCGCCAGCCAUGUGACCAUGCUGCAACGCAGUCCCUCCUACGUCAUGACGCUUCCACGCCGCAACCCCAUGGCCCGACUGCUGCACCGCUGGCUGCCCCGUCGUCUCGCCGAAGUCCUCGACUGGUACCGCCACAUGUUGACCGAACACGUCUUUGUCCUCUUUCUCCUUCAUUUCCCCGGUCUCGGCCGUCGCAUACUGCGUGCCAUGACCCGUCACCAGCUGCCUGACGACUGUCCUGUCGAUGUGCACUUCAAUCCCCGCUAUACCCCCUUUGAGCAGCGUCUCUGCAUGGCUCCCGGCGGCGACUUCUUCCGCGCCCUGAACCAGCCCAACUGCGACAUUGUCACUGGUGUGAUUGACUCUGUCACCGCCGACGGCAUCCACCUCCGCGAGAAGGACCAGCCUGACAUCAAGGCUGAUGUCAUCAUCACGGCCACCGGCCUCCACGUCCAGAUUCUCGGCGGUGAUGUGCCUGUCGUCGAUGGCCGCUCCGUCAACAUCAACGAGCGUUUCAUUUGGCGUAGCUGCAUGGUCGAGGGCAUCCCCAACGCCGCCCUCAUCAUAGGCUACGUCACCGGCACCUGGAUUCCCGGCGCCGACGUCCGCUUCCGCACCGCCCUCUCCGUCAUUAAACGCAUGCGCAGCAUCGGUGCCACUUCUGCCGUUCCCACCAUCGACCCUGCCGUUCGCGAGGCCUUGCCGCACAUCCCUGUCCUGCCCAAUAGCUCCGGGUACCUCGUCAAUGCCCGUGACCGGCUGCCGAUGUCGUCCGGCAAAUGCCCUUGGGUCAACGGCCGGGACUGGUUCAAAGACGCCUGGCAUAAUCUCACUGGCAACUCCAAGGAUGGCAUCGUCUACACCGUUCCUGACGACAAGAAGAAGGUCUGA